AUGCAAUACACAGUUAAGCAACCAUGGUCUGGAAUUUUAGAAAAUAAUACAAAGAAAUUGAUAGCCGUUAUUGAUGAAAGAAAAUUAGUGAUUUUUUCAUCUGAAAGUGGAUUACCAUUCGUAACCAAAGAUCUUCUUGGAGAAAAGCUUACUGAUAUCACUAAUUCUUUAUUGGAAAUUUUGCCAAUGAAAUUGUCUGGUUCUAAUGAGGAAGUCACGAAUUUAGAGGCUAAAGAUUUUGAAUUGUUGAAAAUUACAUCCGGGCACAUGGUCAUAUGUCACAAGCGUAAAUUAAUAAGCAUCAGAUUAAUUGAUAUUCUACAAAAUGUUAAAGACGUAAAUGAAAAUAAAUGUGAUGAAAAUGUAAUUGAUGGAUGGGAUGCUUAUUUUGGAGCAGUUCAAAAACAAUUUUUUACAACUGAUUUAUAUCAUAGUUUUUUAGACACUUCAGAGUACUGGAAAGAUGAUUUUAAGGACAUAAUUAUUUAUAAAGAUUCUAGAGAAGAAAUUAAAUUCAGAAUUGAUUUUAAGAACAAAAUUAUUAACAAAUCCCAUGAAAAAGAUUAUAUUUCUUUUGUCAAACAGCUAAACAGUUUCAUGUUUCAAAAUUGGACUGCCCGCGCUAAUCAGGAGCUAGCUAAUCGGGAGCCAGCCAUUCGUGAGAAAAAUAACCAUGUAGACUUUAGUAAAUUAGUAAAAGAAAUAAUUUAUGAUAAAUUUUUGCUAGCAGAAUAUGGUGAAGAAUUAUUAAGGCAUGCAAAUGAUUUAGGAUAUGUUAAUGAUCCUAAUGAUCCAUGGAACCUUUCAAACACGUAUAAUCAAAUAUAUGAAAAUGGGACAUAUUCAUCUGAUGCAAUUUUGGUUCAGACACCAAAUAGUAAUACGAACAUGUAUUCGAAUUUUGGAACUGCUCUUAUUGCAACAUAUAUGGUUUUAGCAGGUCUGCUGUCUGUUUAUAAAAUAAGUUUUGCAUAA